UCUCCUCCCUCCUUUGCCAGCCCUACCGCCUCGCCAUGGGAAAUGAGGCCAGCUACCAAACUGAGCUGUGCAACCACUUCGACCAGGAAGAGAUAAGAAGGCUGGGUAAAAGCUUCAGGAAGCUGGACUUGGACAAAUCGGGCUCCCUGAGCAUAGAAGAGUUCAUGAGGCUGCCUGAGCUGCAGCAGAAUCCGCUGGUGGGCCGAGUGAUCGACAUCUUCGACACAGACGGCAACGGGGAAGUGGACUUCCACGAGUUCAUCGUGGGCACCUCCCAGUUCAGCGUCAAGGGUGAUGAAGAGCAGAAGCUAAGGUUCGCCUUCAGAAUCUACGACAUGGAUAAUGAUGGCUUCAUCUCCAAUGGGGAGCUCUUCCAGGUGCUUAAGAUGAUGGUGGGAAACAACCUCAAGGACUGGCAGCUGCAGCAGCUGGUGGACAAGAGCAUCUUGGUCCUGGAUAAGGAUGGCGAUGGCCGGAUAUCCUUUGAAGAGUUCAGUGAUGUGGUCAAGACCAUGGAGAUCCACAAGAAAUUGGUCGUGUUUGUAGAACACGGUCAAGAAGACUUAAAAGCUUAAAACUAAGAAAAUGCACAUCUUUGCCUUUCUUUCUCAAGCUUGUGUAUGUGGGAGAAGACAACAGUUCUCAUGUGGAGUAUUAGGAACUCCUUCCCUGUGGCAUUCAGACUUUUAACAGAUUGUUAACUUCAUGUUGUAACAACUAGCAAAAAUAUAUUUAUCUUUGCUUAGUGUCCUUUAAUCUCUCUCGGGGCACAAAGAACUCCAUAGCAGGAUACACCCAGAAAUCCCUGAGUAUGUUUGAGGGAUAGAAGUCUGAACGGGAGAUUCUGUCUCAGUGCUUCAGUCCACCAGAAAGUAGCUUCAGUGUUCAUGUGAAAACAGCUAAAUCUGGACCACAUGGCCGGCCCACCCGGUGUGGUACAACAGCUUUUCAGCAUUUGAGGUUCAGAAAAGCAGGAUUUUGGCCAGAUAGGGCAACAUCCUCCCCAGAAAGAGUCCUCUCAUCCAAUACCCAGUAGGAGAGAAUGGGAGAGUCCAUUUUCCCACCGGGUGGAGUGAGAAGAUACAGGCUGACGUACCCUUUCGCAGGAUGCGGAAGUGCCAUUGUUCUGGAUGAUGAGAAAUACAGAUUCCAAGCAAAAUGAAACUUAAUGACAUCAAUGUGGUUUGCUUUUGAGAAUCAGAUCUGGUCCCUAGCAGAGAAGCCAAGAGCUGUCUUAUCCCAGGAAGGUUCCCCUACUGUAACAUCCAACUCAGAGUUCCUCAUGUCUGAAUCAUUAAACUAAUACCCUUGGAAGUGCUUGAACUUGUUGAUUCUAGACAAGAAAUGUUACACAACUCUCUCGCCAAGUCACUUAGUUCUUGUCGGUGGCCUGAGCUCAGCAGUGUUGGAUAGUACAGCACAGAAAGGAACAAGCUCUGUUCUGUUUUGGAGUCAGUUUAUCCCCAUACGUGUGUCUAGCUCUCUGAAGCCCCUUAGACUAUUGCCAAUUCAUAGAGUAUAAGAUGUCCUUGGAACACCUGACGUCCAUGUGCUAGCGUCCAUUUCACAGACUGUUCCCUGUAAUAAGCUACCUGAGACUCCAAAUACUGACACAGUGAAAUAAACAAUUACUGCACAUACUCAGUCAAAGAACACCACUUAACUACUCCUAGUUUAUUGUCAUAUUUUAAAGAAGCUGCCAACUAGUCUUGGGGAGUGGGAAUCCACAGAUUUCAUUACUGGCAAGGUGCCCAUUAAUCCCAAGGCCAAAACUUUAAAUAUUAUACUUUACUUCAGACCCACAAGGAAUAGGAACCCCUGACUCUAUUCUUCCUUUUCCAUUUGAAAGUAUCUAUUUGGGUUGUACAAAUAAUACCGUCCCUGUAACAGUGGAGUCAAACACAUUUCUCAAUAGUUAAGACAGUUUGAGAGCCAAAUAGCCCAGGGUAUGGAUUCAGGUAGAACAGUAUAGCCACACCACUUAUGAGUUAGGUGAAUAUGAGCACCUCGGCCUGUGUGUCUUUCCAUCUAAGUUUAUUCUGAGGACCCAAAGAGAAGAAAUGUGUAAAGCGUUUACUGUACAGACUUCCCUGCCUCUCUCUCUCCCUGUAUCUGUGAGACCAGUGUGGAAAGGACCGUGGGGUCCUUGGAUCCUCACUUCCUGAUAUCAAGCUACCACUGUUCUGAAAUUAAAUGGACAUCUAUGGAAUCCUGACCAAGAAAGGGAAUGAAUGAUAGGAGCAGACCCCAAGUCCCUCCUCACCACGCAUGCGCAGACCACACCACAGACUUCUCAAACUGAGACAUAAAGAACACUUGAAAGAGAGCCUCUCAUCCUAGCCUGACAUAUCUGACUCUGAGAGGAAAUUUUAGUGAGAAAGGUGAACACCAUCCAAACAGGUCUCCUGAGGACAGCCAUUAUUAGACAGCCAUUAGCCACAGGACAGCUCUGGACAUGCACACCUUCCAAUAGAAAAAAAAUUGAAAUUAUGACCAAGGAUUUGAAGAAUACUUAGUUAGCUGUUCAUAUUUAAUAAGAAGACUCUUUUGGAGUAGCUGGAAUAAGUUACCUGAUCAACCAUAUCAUAGCUACAUAAAACUUUGGACUGAGUAGUUGUUUCUGGUUUGACAACAAAAAUGAUCUGGCUAGAUAUUUGGGGAAAUGUAUUAUAUUGAUUUCGAAGUUAGAAUGCUUUUUUUUUCCAGCUAACUUUCAAUUUCUCACCAACCAAUAGUUCUAUACAACUUCUUAGAGUGACAGUAAGAAUUGGUGUGGGCGGGGCAAUCAGCUCCUAACUUUUGUCAUAACUUGCGUGAUGUCAUUUGAUCAACACUGAGGUGGUGCCCUCAUCUCAGCUUUACAAGUGACAGAGACAAUCUUGUCCAUGGACAUGAACCUGGUAAGAAGAACAGAAAGAUUGAAGGCCACAAAGACUGAGUUUGCUUUCUAUUAUAUUAAAUUCAUCUCAUUUUUAUAGUUCCUAU